UAGAGGAGGAGAGAUAAAGAGCAUAGAAUCUAGGCGUAUAUAUAUAACUUAAGAUUGAAAUCUACACACAAUCUGAUCCAGCGAUGCAAUUAUUCUUAUUAUUUUGCUAGCUAGAAGAAGCUGCUUAAAAGAGCAUUGGAUCUCUCUGAUUUCCCUGGAAGUGGAAGCAGUUCUUCCGGGAUUUGCAAAAACCUCAAGAAAGAUUUAGAGAGAGAAGGAGCAAAAUGGGUAGCAGUUAUUUUGGAGAGCCAAACAUGGGAAAUAAUGAAAGAGUGAGUGGAUCUUCUUCAAGGAAAGGGAAGAAGAACAAUCAAGACAAGCCAAAGCAACCGCAAAGAGGACUUGGUGUUGCUCAAUUGGAGAAAAUCAGGUUACAUGGUCAAAUGGCCUAUGGCUUUCAUCCUCUUCAUCAGGGUUCUUUUCCUUCAAAUCUUAACAAUGAAGAUCCAAGAGUGCAAACACCAUAUUCAUCCUCAAUACCAUCAUCAUCAUUUUCUUACUCAUCAUCAUCCACAUCAUACUCAGCUUCACAUGGCUUCCAACCCAACCUUGUGAUUGGCCUACCUGAAUACGAGAGAUCAAGCAUGGGAUAUGGAGUUUCUCAGCCAACUAGUACAACAAGAUGGGAACAGGCCAAUACCAUUGCUCAACCCAACACAACUAGACCCUUACUUAACCUAUAUGAUUCAACACACAUAAAGACCACUGAAUACAGAAGUGGUUCCGCAGGCUCAAGCAGUCAUUACUCUGAAUCAAGUGACACUCAAGAGCCAGAUUUGGAGCUAAGAUUAUCUCUUUGAUCUUUCCAUUUGGAAGAGUGGUGUGAUUCUUGUAACUGCAAUGCUUUUAUUUACAAGUGAGAAUUGCAAUAGAACAAUGAACAAGCAGCCAAGGUGUUUGUUUGUUUUAAAGUUUCAUCCGGAGAUCACAACUCUUGUGUAAUGGAAGAUAGAUUAUUGACACUUUGCAUACAAAAUAAUGCAAAUUAAACUUUCUCCUUUAACGUAAAUUGUAUCAAAGAAAAGAGGAGUUAUUGUUA